AUGCCUAACCGGGUGGGCGCCGACUCCGGGGGCGGCGGUGGAGCGGGGGAGCCCGUGGAGGCCAGCGGCGGCGUGCACGAGAGAGUACUGCCACCGGGGAAGAGCGAGCUGUUCGCGGAGCCCGUGUCCGGGCCGCGCGGAGGCGGGGGCGGCAGCGACAGCGACGAGGUGGAGAUCACGCUCGACAUGCUGGACGACUCGGUGGUGGUGCGAAGCGUGAAGCCGGUGGCGGGAGGCGGGGACUCGGCGGUGACGCCGGAGAAGCGGUCGUCCUCGCACGGCCAUGGCGUGCUCCGGGACGCCUCGGCGCGGUUCAAGCAAGUGUCUCGGGAGCUCCGGCGGAUCGCGUCCUUCAACCUCCGGGGAGGCGGCCCUAGCCGCAUCGACAGGUCCAACUCGAAGCCCGUCGCCACGCACGCGCUCGAGGGUCUCAAGUUCAUCAGCGGCACUAACGGCUCCGCCGAGUGGACCGCCGCCGAGGGGAUCUUCGACAAAAAAGCCAGGAAUGGGCGCCUCCCCCGCUCCAAGUUCGGCGAGUGCAUCGGUAUGAAAGAGGCCGCGUUCGCCGGCGAGUUGUUCGACGCGCUGGCAAGGCGGCGGAACAUCACCGGAGAGAGCAUCAACAAGUCGGAGCUGCGUGAGUUCUGGGAUCAAAUUUCAGACACCAGCUUCGACAGCCGCCUGCAGACCUUCCUCGACAUGGUGGACAAGAACGACGAUGGGAGGAUCAGCGAGGACGAGGCCAAACAGAUCAUCACGUUGAGCGUAUCGGCGAACAAGCUAACGAUGGUCCCGCGACAGUGCGAGGAGUAUGCACGUCUCAUCAUGGAGGCGUUGGACCCCAACGAACUCGGCUACAUCGAGCUGUACAACCUGAAGAUGUUGCUGCUGGAGGCGCCGAGCGAGUCGACAACCAACAACCACAAGCUCAGCAAACUGCUGAGCCAGCGUCUCCGUCCGACGACGGAUCCCAGCCCUGUCCGACGGUGGUACAAGCGUGCCAAGCACUCCCUGGAGGACAACUGGCGGCGCUGCUGGGUGAUGCUCCUGUGGCUGUCCAUCUGCGUGGGCCUCUUCGCCUGGAAGUUCAUGCAAUACCGCCACCACGCCGUGUUCGGGGUGAUGGGCUACUGCGUGUGUGUGGCCAAGGGCGGGGCCGAGACGCUCAAGUUCAACAUGGCGCUCACGCUCCUCCCCGUGUGCCGCAACAGCAUCACUUGGCUCCGGAGCCACACCACCGCCGGACGAAUCGUGCCCUUCAACGACAACCUCAAGUUCCACAUGGCGAUCGCGGUUGGGAUCACCGUCGGCGCCGGGCUACACAUCAUCUCCCACCUGGCAUGCGACUUCCCGCGGCUGCUGCACGCCAUGGACGACGAGUACGAGCCCAUGAAGCCAUUCUUCGGCGACGCCAAGCCGCCCAACUACUGGUGGUUCGUGAGGGGGACAGAGGGGUGGACGGGGCUAGUGAUGCUCGCGCUCAUGGCCGUCGCCUUUACGUUCGCCACGGCACCGCUCCGCAAGGGGAAGCUCCGCCUUCCCAAGCUCAAGAAGCUCGAGAGCCUCGACAGCAACCCCGAGCCUAGGGAGCUCACCCGCUUCGCCGAGCUCGUCAACGCCUCAUGCAGCCGCCUCACUUGGUUGGUCAACGCCUUGCUCAACCGCUUCACUGGGUACAACGUCUUCUGGUACACACACACCACCUCUUCCUCGUCGUCUACGGGCUGCUCAUCGUCCAUGGACACUUUCUCUACCUCAACAACAAGUGGCAAAAGAAGUCGACGUGGAUGUACCUGGCGGUGCCGAUGA